GAGGUCUCCAGGGCGUCCCUGCUGGCCGACGGCCCUGCGGGCGGCGCCGACGGGUCCGGCGGCGGGUCGAUGUGGACGAUCACCAGCGACAGCGACCCGUUCGAGCUGGCGUACAACGCCCUCGUCGGGGACGAGGAGGCGGACGCCCAGGCCUCCAAGGAGAAAAAAAAACCAACGUGCCAACCCCAUCAUCAUCGCGGCCGUCCUCGGCGCUCUGGUCUGCGGCGUCGUGCUCGGCCUGCUGACCUGGAAGCUGCGCCAGUGGAGGCUCGGCAAGGCCACCGCGGGCGCCGAGCUCGAGCCCGACCGGAAGCCGCCAGUGGUGGCGGGCAUGCCCGUCGAGGA